AUUAGUCACAUUUCAUUACAUGAAUUCGGACAUUCGCUGUUUUUGUCUUUUGUAGUCAUUAAAUAAUUAUUUUAAUAUUUAUUAUAAAACUAGCGCGCUGUAUGAUAUGAUAAUGAUGUGUUUGUCCAUUUUCCAAUGAUUCUGACCCAAUUUCCUUCCAUUUAACUGUCUUUUUAUGCAAGAAAAACGAAUUUCAAAUUUAUAAGUCAGGGCCAGGGUGUUGUUUUUCUCUAAUGUUACCAGGAUGACUUUACCGCUUUACCUCUUCCUAGGUUAAGACUAUAUUUUUUUGAUGAGCCAAGGCUAUAACUAUAAAUAUGCUAGUGAGCCCAGCAAUAUUUAUUCUGUUUUUGGAUCUUAUUUAUUUGAAUCAUAAGCCAAGGCCAAGUUGUUUGAUUCCAUACAAAAAAAAAUUAAUAGGAUAAUAUUUUGCCAGAAAACUAUGAGUACAAGUUAUGUGAAUACUUGCAACUUGACAGAGAGGACAAAUUUUUAGUGACACUUCGCAUGACUCUUUCCACCAAAGAAGAGGCCUUAGAAUGGAAACGUAACUUUGAAGAGAGAUCUUUGACAACACAUGUUAAAGACAAGACUUAUCCCAAUGUUGAGAGAGUCAGUGUUUUCAAGGCUCAGUACAGGUGUCAGUUUUUUGACAGAAGAAAGAAUAAGAAAAAACUACCAGAGAAGUCAAAAUUUCGGGACUGUCACAGUAUUCUUUUUAUCAAUAUAAAGAAAUAUUUCAGAAAAACAGUGGACCACCAUAUGCCCAAAUACAAAAUGGUAGUUCGUCUUCACUAUGCACAUGACCACCCACUUGACACAGCUGAUGUGCUGAAAAAGCGGCACCUAAAUGAGGACAUUAAGCGGCGCUUCCUGGAAAUGUUUCGACAGGGCAUGAAACCCAAAGACGCUCUUGACAGACAUAAGAAAGAGCUUCUACAGAGCCUGGGUCCAGAGAAGUACAGACAGGUCGUAUGUGAUGGCUAUUAUGUGCCAAAUGUUCCAAAAAUUUACAGGUUGUAUUAUCAAAUACAUGGUAAAGGUGUAUCGGCUAAAACUACAACAAAGAGAUCCUCUCGACACAAUCCUAACCCUGACUGGAUAGCUUUUCAGAGUUGUCAGGACGCUACUAAUGAUGAAGGAGGAAACCAUUCUGACUACAAUGAAGAAGAGACUAUAGACCAAGACCAGGGAAAUAACUCAAGUCUUCCUUGCCAAGGAAUGGUUGUGAACCUACAUUGCAGUGUUGUUUCUGACAGCUCUCUUCAAAAUAACAUACUGGAACAUAACAUCAACACUGCGGAGAUGCUAGACCCUAAAGCUCUGACAGAGCAGAUGGGCCAGCCUCAUGUUGUCCUGAAUCACAAUGAUGAGAUCCAGAAACUGGCAGAGGCAGACAUAACUUAUCCCAACAUCACUGCUCACAAUUCUGUCUACAACGAUCUCAGAAGCCAACAGAGUCUGUCAAUGGCCACAUCUCUUUUCUCAGAUUCCCAUCUGGGAAUGGGCUUGUUCCAAACAACUCAACAUCCUUCCUGGGACAACUUCAGUGUUAUCCAACAAGCAGCUGUCAUGGUGAAUGAUGUACCUGCAGCUCAUCAGAAUAUGGAGUUUCAAAAUCCAAUUCAACAAAGCCAGCAGGAUAAUUACAUGAACAUUUCUCAGACCAGCUGUGAUGAAGCCAAUUUUCUUGUGCCACAAAAUGCACUGGAUCACAGGUUGCAGAGCUCUUUAACUCGUGAUGAUUAUGACAUGCUCUCCUCUCAGCACUACACCUGGCCUCAUGACAGAAUUCAACAGCAGUCCAAUCCAGGUCAUGCAACUGAUAAAGUCAUAACCAGCAGAUAUUCUGAAAGCCGUAACCAAGAAACAAAAAAGUUUGCAGUGAGAAAGUACAUCCAGAAAAGAAAAAAGAAAAUCACAAAAGAGCUGAACAUGAAACAUGUAACCAAAAAAUGGAUGGAGAGGAAACCUAAAGUUGAGGCUGAGACCCAGAACAUGGCCUCAGAAGUUGUACAGAAUAGUUUGCUUGCUGAUGAAGCUGAUAAGCUCAAUGUUAAACUGACAACAUUUUUCAAUAAGCUUAAAAGUAAAAUGAGCUCAGACCCUAAAAUAUUUGUUCCUGCUGUACGAAGUUUUAUCCUAGCUACUGAGAAUGCUUCAGAUGACAGUGAACUAGUCAGCUUUCUUAAAGACUUUAAGAAAACGGAGGAAAAUAUUUUAAAAAGUCUACAGCAGUAUAAACUGGACAGUACCAGAAGCUGUAGUUCACAAACCUCACUGUGUGGCCCUGUGGUGAAGCUGUACAAAAUAAAGCCUGAAUCAAAAAACAAAUUGAAAGGUAGAGCAGAUACCAAAGUUGGUACUCAGAAGAGAUGUAAAUCAAAUUUAGCUUUAAAAGACUUAACAGAAAAAACAGACUGUUCCAACAGAUUCAAGAAUACUCUGCAAUCAUCCAAUGGAAAAAGUAAACCUUUAUUUAUAGUUGAAGAUUUGAACUUUUGCUCAGGAAAUCUUUCAAGUUGCACACAAGCCAAAAAUUUAAAUCUGGGAACCAGCCCUGUGCACAAGGAAUAUGUUAUUCAGUCUAGCAGACUUUCCAAUGGUCUCAACAAAUCUGAAUGGCAGUCAAAUGAUUUGAUCAUUGGUUCAGACUUAAAGUAAAACUUCUGAUAGAAAUUUGUCUUCCAUGGAAAUAAGUUAUGGGUCUUUAUGAACAUUCUAUGAAACCAGAAGGUACAGUUUCUUGUGAUUAUAUUGAUUACAAUCGUAGGUAACAAUUAUGACAUUUUUUUUUAACCUUCUCUGGAUCAAUAAAAAUUGAGGACUAUUUUUUUUUCAUAUUUGAGUAUUCAAAUCUUUCUAAGUGCUUACUUUAGAAAAAAAGAAUGUGAACAAUUGGCUUUUGAUUUAAAAUAUUAUUCAAGAGUGUUGUCACAAAAAUUUCCUUUGAAUUACGGCAUGUGAAAUCACAAAUAUCUUUCAUUUAUUUUAAAUAAGACUUAUGGAGAUUAAAUUCUAGAUUUCUUAUUGCUUAAGUUAAGGCCACUUGGUUUCUUUUGCUCUCUGCAAGGUUUCUAGCAUAGUCUGUCUCCAUGCUGUUCGAUCUUGUGCUAUUACCUCUCACAUACUUUCACUGAUACUUCUCAGACCUCACUUGCAGACAUGUCUGUAGGCUAGUCUUGGGCUGCCCUUGGGUCUGACUCCCACUGCAAGCUCAGCAUAGAGGAUGUCCCAUGGUAUUCUUCCACCUGGCUUGUGUGUGACAUGUCCAAGCCAAUGUAGUCUUCUUUGUACCACAUAGUGUAUUGCCCAAUUUUAAAGUCCUUAUUGGAAACAUGAUCUCGCCAGGAGAUGCACUGCAAGUGAAAACUAUUUAAUCUGUGUGUGCUCUUGAUGCAUGUAUGUUGCCCAGCUCUCAUCAUAAAGAAAAGUGCUCACUAGACAGGCGUUGUAGACUAGCAAUUUGGUUAACAUAGUCAAUUUGGCAUUUUCCCAGACAGGCUUGAAGAGUUGUGACAUUGCUGCCGAAGCCUUUUCAAUCCUUUUUGUCAACUCAGCAUUUAAAUUUAGGUUGCUGGUAAUAGUUGAUUCCAGUUAGGUAAAUUGUUACACCUCUUACCUUAGGUAUUUCUGUGAUGUCUAGUGCCAGAAUUUUAGUCUUGGUCCCAGUUUCUGGUGCGAGAAAUGAGUAAAGUAUUUGAGAUAUACUAUUUUUUUGUUUAGAUGUAAUUUUAAAUUGAAUUUUUAAAAAUUUUGAUCUUAUUUUGAUGAUGAAUAAGAAAAUCAAGGUCACUGUGAUUGUGCUUGAUUUAUAAGAAAUAAAUACAGAUAUUGAAUUGCCUUUCUUUAUUUUUCAAAAUUUUCAAAUUAAUGAAUCUGUAUUUAGUUCUAUUUUAGAACUAUUGUUAUCUAAGUUAUGUACUUUUUUUUUUUGCUUUUAAUUAUGUCUGAUUUCUUUGUGCAAUAUUUUAUGAGGCUUUUUUAUUUAUUAAAAAAUGUCAUUUUACAUUGUUAUACAUUUGUUGAUUUAAAAUGUCAUUAUUUCAUAUAAGGGAUCAUUGAAUCCUAACAUUUAUUUUUUUUUAAGGCGAAUACUCUUUUUGGUUAUGCAUAUAAAGUUAUAAAGUGGCAGAAGGGUAGUGUUCAAAUAAAAAAUCUGAGAUUUAGCAACUGUUGACUCAAGUGCAAUUAUAAUCCUAGCUUUUAAAAAAAAAAACUAUCCCCAUAAAAGCUUGGAUGUCAUGUAACGGUGAUUACCUAUCAGUAUUUGUCCUCUAUACAUUAUGUUUAUCUACAGAUUUUAUACUUUCAUAUAUAGUACAACAUUUCACAGUACAUAUUAUUUAAAAAAUAAUAAUUUGAUCAAGCAUUGUAUUUUAAUUAUAUUUUACAUUUGUGUGGUGUUUAUUUUAGGAUGAUUAGAUUUGUUAAUUAGCAUUGCUCCUAAUUAACAGAUGAUAUAUUUUAUAUUUUACCUUCAUUCUUUUUUCUGUAUUUUUAAUGCCUGAUAUUAGCUGAAUAAAGUACCAACUAUAACUAUAAAAAAAUGACGUUCAAUUCAAAGAUCAUUGCUUGCUAAUGCCAAUUAUUUAAUUAGGAAUAAAAUUUUACGUCACAGAACCAGCAACCUAACAUUACAAAUAAAAAAGAGCACAAUUUGUUAACAUUUAACACAAACAAUAUGAUUUUUUUUUGGUCAAAACUAACAUGACAUAUGAAUAGAUUCAAAUCAAUUUUGUGGAGAACAAAUCAGUGUGUGACCUUCAGAGUUUUACGAUGAUCAUCAGGCAAAAUAAAAAUACUGCUUUCAACAAAGUAGAAAAAAAAAUUUACUAGCAGAAACAAGCAAAUCAAUUUGAUAAUUCAAAUAAACAAAAUACUAAAAUAAUUUACUACACAAAAAGCAAUAAUCAUUAAAACAACAGCAGUAACAAAAAAAAAAGUCAUUAUGUCAAUAAUGUAUUGUACAUCUUAAAUCAGGUUUUUUUUUUAAAUCUAGAAUAAGAAAAUUUUAGGAUACAUUGACAAAUGUCAGACCUGUUACAUACAUAAACUAUUAGGUAUUUGUUGGUGUAUUGACUAAUUGGACCUUGUGAUAUGGUUAACAUACUUAUGUAACACACACCCAGUUGUUUUAAAGUACAUUUUCGGUCAUAGCAAGAAAUAUGUGUUCUAUCAAAGAUGGCGAAACAUCCAAAUGAAGUUUUUAUAUCCUCAGGAGCUAGAGUGUGAUUUCUGUGUACAUUUUAGUGUAAUCAUUUACCAGCUCUUAAUUCUUAAAGAGGUUACAAUGCACUACAGUUUAAAUUAAAAUUUAGGUUUAAAACAAAGCCUAUGAUAAUACAGUAAGAAAAGUAAUAUAUUUACUUGUGUGUUUUAUUUAGUAUAUGACAUGAGAAGUCAAAUGUGACAUUAGGGAUUCAUUGCACUCAACCAUGAGAUUAUAAACAUCAGUUGUAAGCAUUAGGUCAUAAACAAAAAAAAUAUCUGAUUGACUUCAUGUAUCGAUUAAAGUAUUUUAUAUCAAGUCCUCCAGCUGGACAAGUGCUGAGGACACUCACCCAGUCUUCAACAAUGUCUGCAGUCACAAGGGAGACUUGGGUGACAUAAAAUAUUGAAAUUCAACACAGACACUCUGUCACUCACAAGCUCUCCUUAUUUUUAAAUAGACAUUCCUUCAAGAUAGCUCCUUUAAUAUAAUUAUGUCUUUUGUGUAUUCAUGUUGUGAUUGUUAAUUAGCGACAUGACUCUGCUAAGUCAUUGCUUUUCCUGGCUGAUUCGGGCAGCCCAUUCCAGCUCUAAUGGCACUAGGGAAGAAGGAGCACUUGUUCAAAUUCGUCCUAGCUUAUAAAUAAGAAAUGUGCUUCUAUCUUUGUGUCUCAAAGAAUUUUUAAGAUUUUGUCUGACUGUAUUAUUUAAAUUUAUUAAAAUGAACCUCUAAAGUAACUGUAGACCCUCAAAAAAAACAUUAUAUUUAGUUAAAAAGAAACACAAUGUUUUCAACUGAGCAGUUUAAAAAAAAAUGUAUAUACAACUACAUAUAAACAAAGGCAACUUGAAAAUAAUAGAUAAAUUCAAGUAAUAUUAGAUUGACAAUAAAGGAAAAUUGCACAAAUAGGAUGGCUCACAAAUAACAAUAAUGCUAUGACAAUGACACAUUAAAAGUAACAUUCAUCCAAGAUGAGCACUAGGUUGUCAAGUCAAUGGUUUUAAUACAAUCCUUUUCUUGGCUACACUAGAAAUAUAUUUCUAUGAACAGAAUGUUUAACUAAGACAUUAUUAAUUUUCUUAAUUCGCAUCCAGAAACCUUUUGGAAUUCUCUUUCUUUUUAAUCUUGUGAGAUUAAAUCCACAAACAUAUACAGAAGCAGAAAUGUUCACUUUAGAUCUGACUGAAAAAUGGAAAGCAGUUUACAUGGCAUAGGAAAUGAUAUUUUACUUGUGAGUGAAAUCCAUUUAAAAAAAUAAAUAAUUAGUAAAUGCAGGAGAAACAAGUUUAAAUAUCCCAUGAGGAUGAGGUACAAACAUACAGUGAGAUACAGUGCUUUCCAGAAUACCAUUACUUGGACAUAAUCAUUUUGUCACAAUUACUUGACAAGUGUAGUUAAUACACCAAAUUAAUUAGUACUAACUCUAUAUUCACUUGAAGAAACAAACAAAAAAAGGCAGCUACUGAUUGUAAGCAACAAUCACGUCCAAAUUAGACCUCAUUGAAAAGUUAUGGAGAUAGCAGAAUUCAAAUGAAUAAAAUGAAAGAAAUACUCUUGUGUUUUUAACCUGUCCUGGUCAAAGGCUUAAACAAAACAUUACAGACAUUCCAUUAACUUUUCUUUAAUAAACUUUUUUUUUUAACUGGAUGUCCUAUUAUUUAUGAGAUGUCUGUAUAUUUACUGAUGGUUUGCAACUUUGCUAUUAGAUUCAAUAGGUUUUUUAAUUGUGCAUACCUGAC